AUGGAACCCCCCUCAAACUCGUCUUUUGGCGGCCAAAAACGCAAGAUUGCCGACAUGAGCUCCGACGAGGACGAUGCGCGCCCCGCGACGAGCUUUCGCGGCUUCAAGAGAGCUUCAUCUCGAUCCGAAUCGCCUCCGACAUCUGGCUUAGGAGCCCGUCGCAAUCCCAUGAUGCAGGCAGCUACCCCCGCUCCGAGAGGUGGAAAUGCCACCGGGGGGUUAAAAGGCGCCAACUCGUUCGCCGCGCGCAUGAUGGCCAAGAUGGGAUACAAAGAAGGUCAAGGUCUGGGAUCUAGCGGCCAGGGUAUUGUCAAUCCGAUCGAGGCGCAGGCUCGUCCACAGGGUAUCGGUUUGGGUGCGGUCCGGGAGAAGACGAAACAAGCUCGAGAGGAGGAAAAGCGGGCCGCAGCCUUGCGGGGAGAAGAAGUGGAAGAAGAUAGCUCGGAUGAGGAACGGAGACGACGGCAAAAGAAGAAGGAAGCGCGCAAACGAGCAGGGGAACGCAGUGAGACGGGCACCCCGGUUCCACGUGUUGCGAAACCCAAGUUCCGUACUGCUCGAGAAAUCGAGGAGGAUAUGGAUGGUCUGGAGGUUCCGAAUGUGCUCAAGUCCUUGAUUGAUGCAACCGGAAAGGAGCAGAAAGUCUUGACCUCAACGGCUGGGUUGAUGGCCCAACAGGAGUUUGUGAGCUCAGGCGAAGGGGAGGCUGCGAAGAUUGCACGACGGGCCCGACACGAUUUGGAAGCCUUCGCCGAUGAAUGGAAAGGCUUGACAGAACGAAAGAAGUAUAUUGAGAUGGAGGAGGCACAAUUAGUGGAUCAGCUUGACACAAACCAGCAAAAGAUUGAUCAAUUCACGGAGCUGGUUACAACGGUUGGGCAGCUGGAGAUCUUCCAGGACGAGAGCAUUGCAGGAAAGUUCGAGGAAGUCACCAGCAAACUCGAAGCAUUGCAAGUCAAAUACAACGAUCACAUCGACGAAUAUCGUCUAUCAGAGACGGCGGUAGCCGCAAUUCACCCUCUCUUCCGCCAGGCAAUGGAAGAGUGGGAACCUUUACAGGACCCAACAUUCCUACUAUCACAUCUACGUCGUCUCCAGCCCUUGUUGUCUCGCAAGGGCGAAGACGAACACAGAACUCGGUCAUCAACAUCACCCUAUGAAACCAUGAUCUACACUUUAUGGCUACCCCGUGUGCGCUCCGCACUUCUCAACGACUGGGAUGUAUUCGAUCCGGGCCCGGCCACGACGCUGGUCGUCUCGUGGAAAGAGGCUCUUCCAUCCUUCGUAUACGCUAAUCUCCUCGACCAACAGAUCGUCCCGAAGCUAAGCGGCGGCCUAAAACAAUGGAAGCCGCGCAGCAGCAGGCGGCAUCCAUCAUCCGAGCACAGCUCGCGCUUUCCCUGGUGGCUCUUCACAUGGCUCCAAUACCUCGACGAAAAACACACAAACCCCAAACAACCGACAGGGCUUAUGUCCGACGCGAAGCGCAAAUUCCGCGUUGUCCUGGACACCUGGGAUUUCCGCAAGGGCGUCGUCAGCGGCGUGGAAUUAUGGAAAGCUGCCCUGGGGCGCGAAUUUGACGUCUGCCUGCGCAACCAUCUCCUCCCGCGUCUGGGUCACCAUCUUCGCGAAAACUUCGAAGUCAACCCGCAAGACCAAGACCUGACACCCCUGGAAGACAUCUUCAAAUGGAAGGACUGGUUCGCGCCCAACGUACUGGGCCUUCUGCUCGUUGCAGAAUUCUUCCCCAAAUGGCACUACAUCCUCUACAUCUGGCUCACCAACGAUCCCAACUACGAAGAGGUCGGCGAGUGGUUCUCUUGGUGGCGGUCCCAGAUCCCGCGCGAAGUCAAUGAGCUCGUCAUCGUCGACGACGAAUGGAAGAAGGGUCUACAGACCAUGGACCUCGCCUCCCGUCUCGGCGAUCGCGCCGUUACCGAACUCCCCCCACCAACACAACCAUCCGCCGUCCCAGAACCCCAACCUCAAGCCAAACCCACACAACCACCAGCAGAAACCCGCAAGCCCCGCGUGGUCGAGGAAGUCGCCUUCAAGGAUAUCCUCGAAGGUUGGUGCGCCGAACAAGGCCUCCUUAUUAUUCCGCUUCGCGAGGCGCAUCCGCAAAAUGGACAGCCGUUGUUCCGGAUUACGGCCAGUGCUACUGGGCGUGGUGGUGUGGUUGCGUUUAUUCAGGGUGAUGUGGUCUGGGUGCAGAAUAAGAAGGCGAAGGAGAUCUGGGAGCCGGUUGGGUUGGAGGAAGGCUUAGUUGAGAAGGCAGAGGGGAGGUAA